AUGGAUAAUUGUAUUGAAACAGAAUGUUUAAAUAAUUCUACUUGCUUGAUUGAUAACUGCAAUAUAUUUGGUAACAAUUUGAAUUUAAAAACAAAAAACCAAAAUUUAAAUAUCCAUGAACAAGAGGUAGGAAAUGGAAACCAUUUUGUUAAUGAGAUUCAAAUACGAACUAACAAAUGCGAAAAAAGUAAUUUAGAAAAAAUAGAUUUGUUGAGAUAUAUAAUUAAAAUGCCUCAACUGCAGCACUCGUAUUCCAAGCAAAUUGUUAAAUAUCAGGAAAGUUUAGGAAUGACUAGAAAAACAGAAUGCCAAAAGCUAAAUGAUGGAGUCAUAAAUGCACAUGGUCAAAGUUGUUGUUCAAAUUAUGUAAUUACUAACCAUGCAUGUGAAAAAGAAUCACUGCCAGAAUGCACAAAUACAAAUAUUGGUUCUUGUAAAAUACAACAAUUGUUGCGUGUGAUUGAGGAAUGUUGUUGUUCACAAGAGCCAAGCGAUCCAACCAAUAAAUUAUUGGAGCAAACGAAAUCUACUAUUUGCUCUUUAGCUGAAGAAAUUGAAAUUCAUAGUUUAGCACUAAAACAUAAUCAAGAGAACUUAAAAUGUUGUACUGAAAAACUAAACGUAGAACAAGAGAUGUAUAAAAAUAAAGAUUCUGAGUUAUGCAGAAUGAAAAUAGAUGUAUCUUUACUGGCAGACCAACUUACACAAAUCAUUAAACAUUAUCAUUACUUGAGUUGUAAUAUAGAUGAAGUUUCAAAAGAUUUGUUGACUAGAAUAAUAGCAUAUAAUACGCUAUUAAAGAAAUCAGAAGAGCUAAAAGAAGAAUUGAACAAUGUGAAAUUCUGUUUAAACAUUAGGAUUGACGAAAAUAAAUGUAUAAAAAGAGAAUUAAGGGAAAAAUAUCAAGUCAUUGAAGCUGGAAUUAUAAUUAAACAAGAGCUAGAAUUUAAAUUAAGUAAUUUGGAAAACAAGUUGGAAAAAUUAGAAAAUUUAAAUAAUUGUUGGAACAAAAAAUGCAACGAUCUAAUCAUUCAAAAUAUAAAAGUUGAAAACGAUUUAAAAAAUGAAAAAAAUUAUAAUAGUAAGAAAGCUAUUUAUAUCGAUGACUUAAGUAAACAAAUACAUGAUUUGAAAACCAUAAUAAAAGGUAUUGAAGAUCACAAAAUGUUGUAUACCGAGGAAAUUUCCAAACUUAAGAAUCAAAAAUGUACAGCAGAACUAAAACUUAAGGAAUUGAAUAGUAUUAUUAUAAUACAAAAAAAUGAAUUAGUGAUAACCAGAUCUGAACUGGCGUAUGCCGAAGAAUGUCUAAAAAAUAAAAAUGAUUGUCAGAUUCAAAAAAUUCAACAAUUAGAACAUGACAGUAAAAACUUUGAAAAAGAAGUACAAUUUUAUAAAGUUCAACAUGAUUUUUUAACAAAUAAAUGUUUAUUAAGCGAUAAGGAUCUAACAGAAACACGAGAAAUUAUUAAAUCGUUGGAAUUUAAAAUAAACAAAAUGAUGAGAGAACAUAACACGAUACUCGAUGAGUUAUCUAAAGAAUGUGAUAAUCUGAAAAUUGAAAACUGUAAAUUUUUAGAAAACAUCAAUGAAUUAAAUGAAUCAAUUAUAUAUGCCAAUAAAAAGGAAAAUCACGUACGAAAUGAUUUAGCUACACGCAACGAGAAACUAUUAAUUGCUAACGAUGAAAUAAAGAAUUGUUAUUUAGAGAUGAAAUGUAUAAAAACGAAAUUGGAAAAUGCGACAGACAAAUUAACAUGUAUUGAACGAGAACUAGAAGAGACCAAGUUGAAACUAAAUAAAGAAACGUGUCUGAAAGAGAAGAUCAAUGAAAAAUAUUGUAGUAUAAAGUAUGAAUGUACAUGUCCCCUGGAAAAGUGUCAGACUGCCGAUAAUAACAGGCUCAGUGAUGAAAAUAUUAUGUCAUAUAAUAUUGCGAAAAAUGUUAAAGAUGGCGUACAGACAAUACAUCUGCAACUAGUUGACGUUGGUUCACAGACACAUAUGUGUCCAGCAAUAUGUCAGCCUAUAGCAACAUCAACAAAUUGUAAAUCAAAAUUUCACUCCAUCUCAAACAAUUCCGAUCCAUGCAAAUUGGAACAGUGUGAUUCAAAUACAAAUAACUUAAGACCGUGUGACAACUGUAACAGUUGCAUUAGCUCAUGUGAUUCCGAUAAAAUUAGCAUUAACCCAUGCCAGUUGGAUCACAAGAAAACGUCAAUUUGUAUUAGCCCCUCUGAUGACAAUUCGUGUUCUGGUGAAUCAAAAAACACACCAAAAUGUUUUGGUUCUUUUUUUGACAAAGAAAAUCUACAAUGUCAACUAAAUGAAAUGAAACUACUGUUAAAAAAAAAAGAAAAGGCAGCAAAGGAAGAACUAUGUGACACUGAACAGAUAUAUUACAAUAAGGAAAUGAUAAUAAAUAAACGUCUUGAAGACACAAAGGAACAAUGCCAAAAGGAAUUGGAGAAAGCUAACUCUCAAUUAGAAAUAUAUGAAACAGCAAUACUAUACAAAGAAUAUGAAUUGAAAAACUCCCAAAUACGAGAACACCAAUAUAAAAUGGCAAUUGAGCAACUUAAUGAAACGAUACAGAUAAAGGAUAAAGAAAUUGAAAGUGAACAAAAAAAAGUAGCUUCUGCACUUAAUAGUAUGAAAUAUUACGAAGAUCAGUUAUUAAGUCUUCAGAAAAAGUUGGAGUUAGAACAAUUAAAUAAACAUAAGUCUGAUGAAAAUCUUCAAUUACUCGAUGAUAAAAUGGAUUCUGAGAUGGACAAUAAAUUAGAAACAUCUCAAACAUGCAUAAAGAAAAAACGGUUUUCGACCAGACGAAACAGAAAUCCGUGUGCAUUGAAAAUGUCAAAGACGGUAACCGAAACAAAAAGAAAAAAAUAUGGUCCCAAAUUGAAUUUACCUUGUUGUAUUGGAUCGAAAAAUCCUUGUAACAGACAAAAAAACAUAAACCUAUCACAGAGGAAUGUUAACUAA